CCGGUUUCCGUAGUAUAGCAGAUGGAGAUGGAGAAAAUGAAGGCUACAAGGAGGGAACCUCCGCUUCUCCUACAAUCCUGCUCGGGCCAGGGAGCGGCGCCGGAGAGAGCGGAGUACGAUGAGGAGACGAGGUGCCUAGCUCCGUCUUUUCCGACUAGAAGGAAUCGGCGGACGAGGCGGGGGCGGCUGGGCCAGCCGGCGGCCGAGUCCGAGUGGAAGCCGUCUCUGUGCGCCAUCGCAGAGGACAACGCGAUGGUGGUGAUGAUGGAGAAAGAGAAACCCGGUUGCGCCAAUGAUUCUGGAUCUGAGGCUCAGAGGUCUGCGAAGAGGAAGAGCGGGUCCGGAGCCGGAGUUCAUGUUCAUGUCCGUAGCUACGGUGACGAUUACGGGCGAACUCAUCAUAUUCCGACUGUCAUUCCGGCAUUCGCUCCGACUCCGUUCAUGUUUUGAUUAGCGUUCACUCGAGGUUUCCUCAUUUUCUUCAUAUGCUUGUAAAUAAUCUUAUGGAUUGAAAGCGUAACUUUAGAAAAUAAAUUCCCAUUAACUUUUCCUGGAUUUUGUGUA